CACAAGAGCAGUUCCCAUGUUUAAAGUUAACAGAAAAAGAUUCUGCAAAGUCCAUUCCCUGGGAGGAAGGCGAGGAUGUGAUUGUCAAUGGUGUGUCUGCUAAAUGGGGAGAUUCAUUCAGAGUUUUGGAAUCAGUUCAAGGUGAUCGUUUCUUAAGUAUUCACCAAGCCAAAUAUGACUAUAACUCGCCCACAUUCACUUUAAAAGAUCUUUUAAAUGAACACAUUAAGAAUUGUGAGAGUUCCGCUUUUAAUACUACAAAACAGCUUUUUGAUAAACUUGCUGAUUAUCGUCACAUAACGAUUGUUUUCACAACACAACCAUUUUAUGAAAUAGUUCCAUACGAUAAUUGCUUUAUUAUUUCGUGUAACAAUUUCGAACAGUACUUUGGGCCUGUAUUUUCUUCUCGUGCUACAUUUGCCUUGACAAAAAACAUCAAUCCUAACUUUUCGGAACUGCAAAGGAUGGUAGAAUGUCUUCCCGGGGUUGGUGAUGUCACUGCCGAAAACAUUAUUACAAAUCGGCCAUAUAAAAGUAAGGAUGACUUCUUUAAAAAGCAUAAUCGGGCUAAACGAGGAAAUGAGAAGCAUGAGCAUGAGAAUUCCGAGAAGAAACUCAAACUUGACUUCUACCCAUUUAAUGUGUAUAGUUAG